AUGACGUAUGAGCACGACAUUCUCGCCGGCGAGUUGCACGAUCGCAGACACUUGAACAUUGUGGAGUUCUUCGCCGCGACAAUCACCUUCCUGAAUCGUGCAUUGAAGGAAAGAUUUCCCUCGAACUCGCCCCUGUCUCCGAACUUGGACUGGUUAUCGGGAACCAUAUCGGAGGAUGGAUGGGAUUUCCUCGAGCUUGUCCUCAUCCUCGAGCUCGUCUCAAUAGCCGAAUAUAUGGCCCUCAGUGAAGCAGCGAAGGAGGCCCUUUACCUAAACCACAUCGCGCAUGAACUCGGCUUGUACAUCGCCAAGAAGGUCGUGCUCUAUACGGAUUCCGCGAAUACAGAGCACAUUAUCAAUAGUCCAGGCUUCCCACGCGCUACACGCUAG